UUCAAAAGGAGAAGAAAAAAAGAAAAAAGGUGAGCUGCUACAGCUAAGCGCAUUUAAUUAACAAACUAGACAACGAAGUAACUAAGGUCUCUUCUCCUUCCUCUCCAUGAGAAGAAGCUAAAGCUAGGGUUCCUCUCCCUCCAAAUUCCUAAAAAUCUUCCCCAUUUUAACCUUGUUAAUUCUCACAUUACUUAAAAAUCCAAUCUUUGUCCAUGGCCAAAACUAGACCAGGCCUUGUCUCCAAGCCCAAAGCUCCCAAAAGAGAACUCGACUCCUACACCAUUCGCGGCACCAACAAAAUCGUCAAAGUGGGGGAUUGCGUGUUGAUGAGACCAUCGGACACCGGAAAGCCGCCUUACGUUGCUAAAAUCGAGGGGAUCGAGGCUGACUGCAGAAACAAUGUUAAAGUAAGAGUGAGGUGGUACUAUCGCCCCGAGGAGGCUCUUGGGGGCCGCAGGCAGUUUCAUGGGGCCAAAGAGCUCUUCUUAUCUGACCAUUUUGAUGUCCAGAGUGGUCACACUAUUGAAGGCAAGUGUAUAGUUCACUCUUUUAAGAACUACACUAAACUUGAGGAUGUUGGUGUUGAGGAUUAUUACUGUAGGUUUGAGUAUAAGGCUGCUACUGGUGGCUUUACUCCCGACCGUGUUGCUGUGUAUUGUAAAUGUGAGAUGCCAUAUAACCCGGAUGAUCUUAUGGUGCAAUGUGAAGGUUGCAAAGACUGGUAUCACCCUGCUUGUAUGGGCAUGACCAUUGAGGAUGCAAAGAAGUUAGAUCACUUUGUAUGUUCUGAAUGUGCAUUAGAUGAUGAUGUUAAAAGAUCACAGAAUGGAUUUUCUUCAUCACCACCAGCUGAUAGCAAGGUAGAGGCCAAGCGACGUAAGAGAUGAGUGCAUUUUUUGACAUUUCGUGGCAAGAGCGGCUCAUAAUGCAGAUUUAGGUUGGGGUGUUGUUUUGUGAGAUGUACAGUGCAGAAAUCAAGGCGCGCUUUGCUCAAACUGUGGGCUGUAGUCUAUGUUUCUUGUGAUAUAUUCAAGCGUACUAGGUUUAGAAAUUUAAAGAUCAUUUUGACACCCAUCUGUGUAGAAGCCUCUGUAUGGAAAAGAGUUGACUGUAUUCACUGUGCGGAAUCUAUUAUAGUUCUCAUCAUUCAUCUGGUUAAGAGAUAUUAUCUGAUUUUGUUUGCA